CCGAGGUACAUGCGAAUGCAAAACAAACGAAAGAAAGGACGGAAUAGAAUCCCGCUGACACGAGAAAGGCCUGAAAAGAUGCCGAUUGAUUUAUACUACUUCGUGUGUAGCCCGCCAUGCCGGUCGGUACUACUACUGGCGAAAGCAAUCGGUGUCCACUUGAACUUGAAAACGAUUUCACCCUUAAAGGGAGAACACAUGAAGCCUGAAUUCGUGAAGCUAAAUCCACAGCAUGUAAUACCUACGAUAGACGACGACGGAUUUAUUUUAUGCGAAAGUCGACCAAUUAUGGGAUAUUUAGUAAGCAAGUACGCCAAGAAUGACUCUUUGUAUCCGAAAGAUCCGAAAAAGAGAGGCAUCGUGGAUCAAAUGCUAUAUUUUGAUGCCGGCUCGCUUCACGAGAACAUGAUUAAUUGUUACUAUCCUGUAGUAUUCUUUGGAGCACAUUCCCUAAACGAAGAAAACGUACAAGCUGUGGAAAAAUCAUGCGAUUUGUUAAACACGUAUCUCGCUGAUAAGGAGUUCGUUGCUGGUGACACUCUAACCAUCGCUGAUUUUGCCAUCCACACGACUAUUUGCGUUUUAUUGUGCUUCGACUUUGAUAUUGGCCGAUACGACAACGUAGAAGCCUGGUACAAUCGUUGCAAGCAACUUCUGGAUAAAUUCGGUUUUGAGGAUGUGCACUCGCCUGGAACAAAAUUGUUUACCGAAUUGUAUCGAUCGAAUUUACAAGAAUCUACCUACUUAUCUGUCACAAAUCAUUUUUGUUUUCGUCGUCAAUUACAUAUAAACGAAAUCAAAAUGCCGAUUAUUAGUUAUGAAACUACAGGAAGUCCUCCAUGCCGUCUCGUUAGAUUGGCAGCUGCCGCGCUUGGUGUCACACUGAAUCUCAAAAAAAUCUCUUUCGAGAAUCUAGAACAUCUAACACCCGAAUAUUUGAAGAUGAAUCCACAACACAUGGUACCUACAAUUGAUGAUGACGGUUUCAUCAUGUGUGAAAGCCGAGCUAUUAUAACAUACUUGGCAAAUCAAUACGGCAAAGACGACUCACUAUAUCCAAAGGAUCCGAAGAAACGUGCGCUCGUUGAUCAGAGAUUAUAUUUCGAUGCAUGCACGUUGUACAAAGCUUUCAUAGAUUAUUACUACCCUAUAUUUAUAUAUAAGGCCCCUAGAGAUCCAACGAAAUAUGUAGCUAUUGGCACGGCUUUGUCGUUUCUUGAAAAAUUCCUCGAAGGACAAGACUACGUGGCAGGGAAAACCAUGACUCUCGCUGAUCUAGCAAUUGUCGUCACUGUUUCUACAUUAGAGGUCUCCAGCUACGAUCUCAGCAAAUAUAAGAACGUGAUAAGAUGGUUUGCGAGGAUCAAAUCAGAAGCUCCAAAAUAUGAAGACAACGAUGUUGGAGCAAAGGUUCUUAAACAAUGGUCGGAAGGUGUGAUGAAAAAUCAAACAAUCAUGUCAGUGGAUUUGUAUUACACGCCAAUAAGCUCACCUUGCAGAGCGGUACUUUUGACUGCUGAGGCAAUUGGUAUUUCUUUAAAUUUGAAAGAAAUAGAUUUAUUUUCUGGUGAACAGCUAAAGCCAGAAUAUGAACAGCUGAAUCCACAGAAAACUAUUCCGUUUCUUGUAGAUGGUGAUUACAAACUGAGUGAAAGUCGCGCCAUCAUGUCAUAUUUAACUGAUCAAUACAGUAAAAACGUUCAUUUAAAUCCACAAACACCGAGUGGUCGAGCCUUAGUCAAUCAUCGAUUACAUUUUGACAUUGGUACUUUGUAUAAAGGCAUGAAAAACUAUUAUUAUCCAGUUGUGUUUAGAGGAGCAAAGAAUUACAAUCCAGAACACUACAAGGUACUGGAAAACGCAUUUAAUAUACUCGAUAAAUUUCUAGAUGGGCAAGAUUACGUCGCUGGACGCAAUUUGACCAUUGCUGAUCUGGCAAUAGCAGCCACUGUAUCAACAUCAGAGGUUUUCGGUUUCGAAAUCGACAAAUACACAAAUGUUGCUAAAUGGAUGGAUAAAAUAAAAUCAUCCGCACCAGGUUAUCGUAAAGCCAAUGGCGGACUAGAAAUAUUGAAGAAAUUUGCCGAUAAUUCAGAAACAGAAUAAUCUAUGCCAGUAUUAAUAUAUUGACAUGUUAUUUAUUAAAUUCAGAAAAAUUUAAGAUUUUAAUGAAUAGGCAAAUUUAAUGUAACGUAAUAUUUUUAAUAAAAUGUUAUAUAAUCAUCUUACAACACAAAGUGCUCCUACAAAAUAAACUAGCAUCAAGUUACAAAUA